UCAAAAGAAUCCAGGAUCCUCUUGCAGGCUUAGAAGCGCGAAAAUGGGGGAAGUGAGGCUGAUUGCGACUCCUCAGAGCUUUCCCUGUGCCAGAAUCGAAUGGGUCUUGAAGAUGAAGGGCGUGGAAUACGAAUACAUCAAAGAAAAUCUGCUCAAUAAAAGCGACCUCCUUCUUCAGUCCAAUCCUGUACACAAGAAGGUACCUGUUCUUCUCCAUAACGGCCUACCUAUUGCUGAAUCCCUCGUCAUCCUCGAGUACAUCGACGAGACUUGGAAGCAAAAUCCUCUGCUUCCACAGGACCCUUACGAUCGAGCCCAUGCUCGUUUCUGGGCAAGAUUUAUCGAUGAGAAGUGUGUGGUGGGUGUAUGGAGAGCUGGGGUAGCACAAGGAGGAGGAAAGGGGAAAGCCAUAGAGUCAGCUCUGGAAUCACUUGCAGUUCUGGAAAAGCAGAUUGAAGGGAAGAAAUAUUUUGGGGGAGAAGAGAUUGGGUAUUUGGACAUAGUAGCAGGCUGGAUACCUCAUUGGCUGAAUGUUGUGGAACAAGUUGGAGAGAUGGAAUUGCUCACUGCUGAGAGGUUCCCACAUCUUCAUCAAUGGAGCCUCAACUUGCCGCAAACUUCACCUUUCAACGAUUGCUUACCUCCCAGAGAUUCUGUCGUUGACUACUACAAUAUCGCCUUCAACCGCGUACGUUCCGUGUCAGCCAAUAAAUAAUAGUAAACCAUGAUGAAGAUAUGAACCCUCACAUUAUGAAUAAUAGUAUUGAUGAUGAAGAACUAGCUUGGUUUCCAUUCCCAUUAGUUUUGGUCGCCUGAGCUGACUGUGUAUGAAACAUUUUGGCAAUCAUUUAUGAUUCUGUCGUCGUUGUGUGUUUUUA